AUGUUGUCCAUGCAGAAUCCCCCGUCGCCCGUUCUAAGCACGCCCAUCGGUCCGUUCCGCUUCAACUCCGCCACCACGGCUACGAUAACGACAACCACCACCGCCACCGUCACCAACAACGACAACAAUCAUUUCUCGACAAGCGCUGUCGAGAGCCCGUCGUCUCCGUCGUCCCAAUCCUCCGAUGACAUUUCCCUCGACGAUGCCCCCGACAGCCUGAACGCCUGGUCGCACGCCGCCCGCUCCAACGGCGCCCUUAGGAUGCGCCGCGAAUCCGAGCAGACCUCUGCCUCGUCCGCCACCUCGACCACCUCGGCCACCUUUGGCUUCACCAUUCCCAAUCGCACCGACUCUAUCGAUUCCGACUCGCCCGACAUCAUCCCCAAGAUCGAGGAGCUGGAUGAAGAUGGCGAGGCUCUGCUGUCCGUUAAGCCCGGAGACCACAAUGCCGCCGAGUCUACUUCCUCCAACGCCGUCGCCAUGCCGCGGAAACGAGGGCGUCCGCGCAAGCACCCUCUACCUACACCGGGUGGCCAGGUCAAAAUUGCCAAGGGCCGCUCCAAGACCGGCUGCAUCACCUGUCGCCGGAGGAAGAAGAAAUGCGACGAGACGAAGCCAGCCUGCCUGAACUGCCAGAAAAAUGCCGUCGUCUGCGAAGGCUAUCCACCCAAGGAAAUCUGGAAGAGCGGCCGACAGAAACUAGAGGAUGGUAUGUCUUCUUCGUCUCGACCUAUGCCGACCCAGGCUGAUUUGCGCCUAGCCGUCCGCCGAGGCUCGUUUUCAUUCCUGCCCCAAGGCCUGCCCAUCCUGAUCGAUGGCAUCGAGACCGACAUCGACCGCCGCUUCCUCGACCACUUUGUGUUCGAGUUUAGCCGCGUACUCACCCUCAUCAACGACGAUUCCAACCCCUUUAAAGAAAUUCUGCUUCCGAUGGCCACCCAACACCGCGGCUUGAUGCACUCGUUGAUGUGUCUGUCUGGGUCGCAUUUGUCUGCCCGCGACCCUGAGCCACGUUUCAAGGAGAGGAAACACUUUCACUUUGACCGCGCCAUCACCGACCUGAGGGAAAACAUCAAUUCUGCUCCCGUUGCUGACCAAAGCAAUCAAGAUCCUCAGUUGUUGGUCGAGGACCCCAUCAUCGCGUCGACGCUGGCUCUGUGCCUCAACACUAUUUGCGAAGGUGAAACUAACGGCCAGUACCGAUCGCAUAUGGACGCCGCGCGGUAUCUGCUCAUCUCGCAGAAGCCCAAGAACGAGAAAUUCCGUCAGUUCAUUAUCGAGUUCUUCCAGUACCAUGAUGUCUCCAAUUCAAUCACCUCUCUCGAUCGACGGCCGCUGCCCCUGGAUGGUGGCAUGCGGCUGCCCGACUUUGUCCCGCACGCCCAAGCAGGGACGUUCCUGGGCAUUUUCGACGGACUUUUCAACCACAUCUCGGAAAUCACGCGACUGAGAGAUCGAAUUCGCCAGCGACACAACGAAGGCUUCGAGCCUGCGGUCGACUACCAGACACUCAGCGAGGCGGUUACAAUCGACUCGGCACUCCGAGUAUGGGAGCCGACGUAUCCGCCCGAGACGCCCAACUGGUAUGCAUCGCAGCUGUACCGGCAGUCGACGUGGGUGUAUCUGUACCGCACGAUCCGGCCGUCGCGGCCGAGCGAGAAGAUAUCGCAGGUGGUCGACGACGCGUUGAAGUACCUGGAAAUGCUGCCAUCGGAUGCGGGUGCUUAUAGCAUCAUGCUGAUGCCGCUCUUCCUGAUUGGCUGUUCAGCAUUUGAACCACACCAACGAGAGAGGAUCAAAAGGGGCUUCGACGCAAUGGAAGGGUAUUCUAGUCUACGCAAUAUCGAUCCAGCCCUCAAAGUGGUCGAGCGAGUGUGGGAGGUGAUGGACUCCAAUAUGGAGGACAGUUGGGACUGGGAACGGAUUAUCGGAGAGAUGAAUAUGGAUUUCCUGAUUACUUAG